CCAACUUGGGACCUGUUUUUGUGAGUCUUCGUCAUGAUAGUACAAGCCAACUGGUUUAUAAGUGAGAAUGACGAGUCCAUCGGACAAUGUUUUAUGAAAUCGCCUCGACGGUGUGUUUGUGCCAGCUGCUUUCCGCAUGGCGAUGGCAUCACCACCCUGCCUCGAGGAUUCAACGAGUAGUAGUAAGGGUAUGCCAUCCUACUAAUACGUUGCAUCCCACCCCCUGGUCUGUCCUCCAAACUCACCUCUCCUUACCAUGGAGUCGAAACCGUAUUUCGAAACCGUCAAAUCCUUUGCGGACGUUCCAAUCACUGAAGACGGUGUGGAAACGCAUUCUUUUCUGGAAGCCUCGGACGGGCUAGUCAAGCUAUUCGACCUGCUGGGUUCAGGUGUGUUCGGAUUCGUGCAGGCAGACAUAAGGGGCAACAUUGGGGGUAUUCGGUCACGGUAUCAGAACGCUUCCGCCAGUUCUCUCACACUUGAGAAUCUAGUCCGAAGCGAAACGUCAACGGAGCAACAUCGUCAUGCAACCGGUUGUCUUGUGCGCCUUACUCGGGGGCUGAUGUUCUUGUGCAAGGCAUUGCAACACAUGCAGAAUGAGCCCUCCAUCGAACUACACGUGUGUUUCAAACGUUCCUACGACGAGGUGUUGCGGCAUCAUCACACCUUCGUCGUGCGCUCGUUAGCCGUUGUCGCAGUUCGCGCGGUUCCAUACCGCCGAGACUUCAUUGCUCGCAUUUCUCAGGGUGGCGACCGAGAAAAGUUUGACUCAGAACUCAGAAGAUGGCUCGCUGGGUUGGAUGUCAUCGCGAAACGUCUCAAGGUAUUUAUCGAGGAAGGAGGAUAUGGAAGGGUCUGACGAACGAGCCCGAGCGGUUUCGGUAUACGUCGAAUGGGGAAUCCCAGUAAAUUAUGGUCUUAUGAUUUUUUCGGACGAAUCGGUCAAAAACCACAUUUGAUGUUAAGACGGUUUAAUAGAGCGAGCGAGAUACUUUACAUA